AUGAACGUGGUUAGGAGGAUUGUCCCUGCAAUCACAACUCAGUCUAGUGGCUUGAUGAGCUCGGUGGGUAGUCAGCUUCAACAACAUCGAGGUAUAAGAGUCCAGGUGCGUAAUGGAAAUUUGGAGCAGGCUUUGGCUUUUAUGCAAAGGAAGAUGCAAUCAACUGGAACAGAGCGUUUAAUUAGGAGUCAACAACCUCGCCACAUCAAGAACUCGGAGAAGCGAGUCCUAGCUCGCAAAGAACUUGAGCGUAGACUUCGAUCGCAGGAAUUUGCCAAGAACCUGAAAACUAUCCUUGGCAAGAAACUCAGGGGUCAGUGA